AUGUUCACUUCUGGUACCCUAAAACAGUAUAGGCUAAAGCACAAGAGAGUGAACAUAAGAGCAGUGAAACAUUGGUGUAGACAGAUCUUGAGAGGCUUGAACUAUCUUCAUACACAUGACCCUCCAGUGAUACACAGAGAUCUCAAGUGUGACAACAUUUUUGUAAAUGGCAACCAAGGAGAAGUCAAGAUUGGUGAUCUUGGUCUUGCUGCUAUUUUACAUAACUCACACGCUGCUCAUUGUGUUGGGCUUGUGAGGAGCAUAUACUUUCCUUUUGACAUGGAAAGUGACACAGCGAUAAGCGUUGCAAGAGAGAUGGUGGAAGAGCUCGAGUUGGAUGAUUAUGAUGUGACAAAGAUAGCCAACAUGAUUGAUGGAGAGAUUGCUUCUCUGAUUCCUAACUGGAGAUCAGGCCUUGAGUUUGAGAGCAUCUUCUGCAACUGCGCCUAG